AUGAGGUUCUUACUCAUCUUGCUUCACCUCGCGGUGGCCUUUGCGCUGGCCAUCGUUGAGCAAACUACUAUUACCAACGAGGUCCCGAGGAUCGUUCUGGUAGAACUGACUGAACGCGCGCAACAGGCCACCACAACCGCCAACAGCGGGUUGUACGAAUCACCCACCCUCCCAACACACAACGACACAGGUGUAUCCCGCCUCCACGCCGAAGGCACCCUCGGGAACGGCAUAAAAAUCGCAGUAAUUGACACGGGCUUCGAUCUUGCAUCCCCUGGGCUCUCUCAGACACGAGUUACAUAUAACUACAACUACGUCGAGGAUGCCUUCAACUUUACAGGUGAUAAUUGCAUCAACUUCUUGCACGGGACGCAUGUUCUGGGUAUCAUUGCCGCCAAGAGCGAGGAAAGAAAGUUUGGGGUAGUAGGCGUGGCGCCGAAUGUGACGGUUGAACUGUAUGGACUUGAUCCGUGUGAAGGUGCUGCGCCGGGUGGGUUGGAUGAUUUGAUGGCUGCCAUUGAGAGUGCUAGUAGCAAGGGGGUUGAUCUUAUCAUGAUUGGGUAUGGGAUCGGGCUUGCUUUUGAAGAGGAACCCGUUGCUCGUUUGGUCAGCCAGGCUGUUGCAAAUGGGACGGCGGUGACGGUUGCGUCUGGGAAUGCCGGGCCGGGCUUGUUCACGGGCGGAUCACCCGCCAACGCCCGUGGUGCUGCGGCGAUCGGGUCGGCGGAUAAUUCUGCGACGCCGUAUUACACGUGGCGAGCCAACUUCACAUCUGGCGAUGAUGCCGGUUUUGUUCGUUACGCGCCACAGUUUCCUGCCAACUUUCCUGCUGGGAAUAACCUCACUCUAUGGAGUCCAGGCCCUGCGGAAGGGUUGCCAGAGGGGUGUAACCCCGCGCCGGGGGGCUUUGUUCCUCCCGCCGACCCGGCGCAUACCAUUAUGCUCAUUGAGGAAGAUCAUUGCUGGUUGAGUCCGGGGAAUACGUCAACUCGGCUCGCGCUUGGGUUGGGGAUUCCGUACGUGUUGCGGUAUCAAUCUGCGUCGGCUUCAGUCGUUGAUGGAAUGCAGUGGCGGCCUGGGUUUGCGGAGUAUUCCAAGGAUUACAAGGGCAUUGCUCGGAUCUCCAACGAGGAUGGACUUUUUCUCGCAAGCCUACUUUCAAACGGCUCCUAUGUACGGAUCUCCGUCCCCUCGAAUAUGUCUGAGGCCCAUGAGGAGGUAUUAUACAGAGACAAUGAUAUUUCGGGUGGUUUCGUCUCCGGGUUCUCUAGCUGGGGUCCGACGCCCGAGGGCAAGAGUUACCCGUCCUUCAUCGCGCCGGGGGAGAAUAUCCUCAGUACGUUCCUGCUGAGGUAUGGCGGUGUAGCUGUUGUCGGCGGGACGAGCAUGUCGAAUCCGUUUGCCGUGGGCGUGUACGCCCUGGUGAAGGAACGGCACCCAGACUACGAUCCGCAGCAAAUCCUCGCGGUGGUGGCGUCGACUGCGAAGCCGGUGCGGUUCAUUGAUGGUGCGAGGCAGAGGAAGGAGUUUCUGGCGCCGGUUUUUAGUCAGGGUGGUGGACUUGUUGAUGCGUGGGAUGCUGUUCACACCGCUUCGUUGGUAAAUGUUUCGAGUUUGGACUUCAAUGACACAGCGCAUCGGCCCGAAGCCCUGACGUUGAGUUUGAAGAAUACGGGGACGGAGACGUUGAAGUACGAGUUGAGACACCUGGGUGCGGCGUCGGGGUAUAUCCUGAGCGAGACGGAUCCGUACGGCUUGUCUGGUGCGGAAGGGCAUCCGGUGUAUGCGGACGUGGAUAUCUCGCCGGCAGAGGUGGAGCUUGCCCCGGGCAGAUCUAUAUCCAUCUCUGUUUCUGUCCGGUCCAACCCAUCGCUUCCAGCGACGUCUAGGGGUAUCUUCUUUGGAGGCUACAUAGAGAUCGUGUCCUCUGCAUCUGAGGCGAACACGCUCACGGUUCCAUACACCGGCUUCGGCACGGCCUUGGUCGAUAUCCCAAUGAUCAACCCCAACGCAUCGCAUCUCGUCAAAGUCAAUACCGACACACAAGUCGACACGGAAGUACCGCCCGAUACCCUCUUCACAUGCCUCUUCAACGGAACCAUCCCGAAGCCAGCGUGGCCGGUCACCUGCGACCUCGGCUUCCCCGGGUUCCGGAAGGUGUUUGUCACGGCGAGCCGGGAGUAUACCUACGACCUAGUCAGCGCCGAGACGGGCGAGGAUGUAUUGGCUGGGACGUUUAGGGGUAGUGCGGGGAAUUGGGCUGCGCCGUCGAGUUGGUGGGUUUGGGAUGGGUCAGAGGAGGAUAGGAAGUAUGUGCCGCCGGGUUCGUAUUUUUGGAGGGUAAGGGCUUUGAGGUUGAAUGGGGAUGCUGGGAGGGCGGGAGAUUGGGAUGUUUGGGAGAGUGGGCGGUGGAGGUUGGCUUAUGAUGGGCGGAGUGUUGGGCUUCCUGGGAACGCGACUGAAUUGCCGUAG